UUUAACUGCCAUACCCAAAUUUUGUGAUGACAUCUUGCUUUUCACUUCUACGUCCAAUUUAAGUAGUGAGGCCUUUCCAUCUUUUUUCCCAGUGAUGUCCAAAUUUAGUGAUGAUGUCCCUCCAGUUCUAGGUUAUGUCACGUCUGACUGCAGAGAUGAAGCUCUCCAAGCUUCAGUCUGUUCUGUAGCUGACUUGAGUGUCGGUGUCCCUCAGUCUCCACUCCACAAAACAUUCGACUGUAGAGACAAUGUCCCCCAAGCUACAACCUGUGCAACACCUGACUGUAGUGUUUAUGCUCCCCAAACUCCGUCAAGCCAGUUACAGGAUGAUGAGACAACAAUUAUUGACAUCAAUUCACACCGUUAUGAAAUCGGCUGUCAGUUGGGUAAAGGAGGCUUUGGAAUCGUGUACGCAGCAACUCGUUUGAAUGAUGGCCUACAGGUGGCAAUAAAAUUGGCAUCCAACAAGAUCACAAAGUUCAUCAGCAUUGAUGGUUAUUCUGGACGUCUUCCUCUGGAGGUUGCUUUGCAAAUUCUUGCAAAUAAAGGCCCCAGGGUGGAGGAAAUCGUUCAGCUUCUGGACUGGCGGCUGGAUCCUGACUAUUACUUUAUGGUCCUAGAGCGGCCCGUGCCCUGUCAGUCCUUGUUUCAGUAUUUAAAGUGCUACAAGGGCAUCAUGGACGAGGACUUUGCUCGAGUUAUAAUGAACCAGGCAAUAUUUGCGGCUCGGAUGUGCUGCCUUCGUGGAGUGUUGCACCGGGACAUAAAGCUGGAAAACCUUCUGAUCAACCCGGACACACUCGAAGUCAAAUUGAUUGACUUUGGCUGUGGUGCAAUCCUCACCGACGGGGGUUACACGUCCUUUACUGGUAUGUAUGAUGAUCCCUCAAAGCUGUGA